AUGUCCUCGGAUACAGCAGAUCAAUGGCAGAUGCCGCUUGGUACUUUGCCUUUUCCGCCUGCUGCGCAGGAUAUCAAUGGCAUGAGCUUUGGGUCUCCGAACGCAUUCGAUGAACGUAGGUGCUCUGUCGGCGCAAUACCGUCCGGCGGAGGACAUCAGGCAGUGCGAGAUGUCACAGAAAUGAUAACGAGCUCGUCAUCCAGUGUUACUGCCGCCGCCAAAGCCACGUCCAUAACCUCAGUAUUCCUUGACGAAUGUCUCCAUAUGUUCUUCGUCCGCUUCAUCCCCACAUUUCCAAUAUUGCAUCGUGCAACUUUCGUUUUCCGUGAUUGCACACAUGCUCUCCUCCUUAAUGCCAUCGCCAUAGGCUCUUUGUACCUAGGCCCCAAGGACUCGCUGGCAAAAGGCGAAGCCCUAUGGCGACUAGCACAUACCGCACUUUCAACUUCAUGGCAGUCUUUGAUCACACAUAUCGGUCCCUAUGAUGCCUGCAAAGGCGUGCAGUUGAUGAUCACAGCCUUACUGGGUCAGAUCUAUGGGGCGCUAUCCAAGAACCGGGCAAUUCGAACCACGAGCCAGGUCUUCCAUCCGCUGGGCUUCUUAUGGGCCAGACACUGCGGCAUGUAUGAAAGCGAGCCAUACUCAAUAGACAAUCUCCCUUCGAUUGAUGCCACUGCCGCAGAAAAGGAAGACCAAUGGCGGAUCUGGGCUGCACGAGAGAUCCAGCAACGCGUUCUGUUAGCCUACUACGUACUGGACGGACUUGUGGCGCAAGCGGCAAGCGACGGUGCCUCUUCUCGCCAUGUUGCAAACCCGCUCAGCCUCCCUAGCUGCGAGGAAGCCUUCGAUUCCAGCACUGCCGAUGGAUGGCUAACUCACAUGCACGCCCAAAAGCCGGAUCCGUCCUCAUUUAGAGCGAUUUUCCGUUCCCUCUUCCCGCCUGUUGAAGGUCUCCAAUCUCUUAUCUCCGACUCUGAUGACGAUGAAUUAGCAGUGGGAGCCCCAAGCCCAUCAGACGUCCGGCGAGCUUUAGCCCAAGUUCACGAGACAAUAUCUAUGAGCAUCCAUUUUUCCGCGGCAGAGAGACUUGAAAUACUCUUGCGCUGGCACACAGUCUGCCUAGAUACGAUGAUCAACUCCACCGUCCUCUCCCGCCACGUCUGCUCACGCUACAAUAUUUGCCAAUACGUCUCCAGUGGAUGCGGAACUAUCCGCCCGGGCUUUGAUCUAGUGAAAUGGGCUGAUUCAUCAGACGCGCGGCGGGCCGUCCUCCACGCAGUCGCCAUCCAGGACAUAGUAGAGCAAUUACCACGUGGACGCGCGCACGUUGUCCAUAUGCCUAGCUCACUAUUCGCAGCUGCGACAAUAUACGUUGUCUUUUCACUUGCCGGGGUCGCCACAGUGAAUUUGCCCCGCAACAUCGUCUGGCAGGACGCUUUGCUAUCCUAUUCGGAUCUCAACCUAGGCCACGAGGAUAUUCAGCCCCUGUCUGGCUCAGAGACAAAGCGAUUUGUGGAGAAUGGAAAUGGGACUUCCUCGGUCCCGCUUUCCAUCGGGGGUGCUGUCAGGAAUUUGCUUUAUGAACUCAACUCUAUGCAAAAGCUUUUCCGGUGCUUAUCUUCGCAGUGGGGUAUUGCGCAUGACAUGGAGGAUAUUAUUUCUCAAUGGAUUCAGCUUUGUCAUUAA